AUGGAUAAUUCAUCUAAUCAGCCACUACCACAGCCUCCUCUCCCCCCUCCCCUUCCUCCUUCAGCAAACCUUUCCAAGACUCAAAAAAUGUUGAAACAAUUGUUAAAAGAUCCAUUAUUGUCAGAUUUAACAAAGUUGAAUAAUAAUGGUAGCAUAAGCAUAGAAGAAGUUGAUACUCUGAUUUCCUUGGAAAAUGGUACAGCUUUUGAAAUCGAGAUUGAACGAGACGGAUUAGAACCGUUAAUUGAAAGACUACAAAAACAAAAUAAUAAGGGACUUAGACCUAAUAAAAAAAUUAGCUGGAAACACAUUUGGAAGUCUUAUUGUUUAAUGUUUGAAAACCAACGUCUAUUACAAGAUAAGCUUCCAAUACAAGAAUUAGGCAUUCGUAGUGGUAGUGUUUUAAAGUUUUCAAGGUUUGUUAGAAAAUCACGUAAAAAGCAUGGUAUUGUUGAGGAUAAUCGAAAAUAA